AUGAGUCUUCCUCGCCGGGCUGGGAAGCGGCGGCGUUCAACAUCGGACUCGGACUCCUGGGGAAGCAGCGCUGACCGCAGUGACAGCCGCCUGCUGCCCUCGGAGCCGGUGCUGAGCCCGCCGCCCGGCCUGGGGCGCAGCUGGAAGGACAGUGGCCGCCCCGGGGCCGCAGCAGCAGGGGAAUGCAAGCAAACAGUUCCUGAAGAUCAAAUAGACAAGCUGCUGUUGGCAAAUUGGGGACUUCCUACAGCGGUUCUGGAGAAAUAUCACAAUUUCGGUGUAAAAAAGAUGUUUAAAUGGCAGGCCGAGUGUCUUUUGCUUGGAGAAGUUCUGGAAGGAAAGAAUUUAGUCUAUUCAGCUCCUACAAGUGCUGGGAAGACUCUUGUUGCUGAAUUACUUAUUUUGAAGCGGGUUUUGGAAAUGCGGAAGAAAGCUUUGUUUAUUCUGCCUUUUGUCUCUGUGGCUAAAGAGAAGAAAUACUAUCUCCAGAGUCUUUUUCAGGAAGUAGGAAUAAAAGUAGAUGGUUAUAUGGGCAGUACUUCUCCAAAAGGGCAUUUCUCUUCCUUGGAUAUUGCUGUCUGCACAAUUGAGAGAGCCAAUGGUCUGAUCAAUCGCCUCAUAGAAGAAAAUAAGAUGGAUCUAUUAGGAAUUGUGGUUGUGGAUGAAUUGCAUAUGCUGGGAGACUCUCACCGAGGGUAUCUGCUGGAACUUUUGCUGACCAAGAUUUGCUAUAUUACUCAGAAAUCAGUAUCUCGCCAAGCAGAUUUAGCCAGUCCUCUGUCUUAUGCUGUGCAGAUCGUAGGCAUGAGUGCUACUCUUCCCAAUUUGGAGCUUGUGGCUUCCUGGUUGAAUGCUGAACUCUACCACACCGACUUUCGUCCUGUACCACUGGUGGAGUCAGUAAAAAUUGGAAAUUCCAUAUAUGACUCUUCAAUGAAGCUUGUGAGGGAAUUUCAACCCAUGCUACAAGUGAAGGGAGAUGAGGACCAUGUUGUUAGUUUAUGUUAUGAGACCAUUCGUGAAAACCAUUCAGUAUUACUUUUCUGUCCAUCAAAGAAAUGGUGUGAGAAGCUGGCAGACAACAUUGCCCAUGAAUUUUACAAUCUACACCAUCAAGCUGAAGGAUUGCUGAAGUCAUCUGAACUUUCACCAGUGAUACUGGAACAAAAGGGCCUCCUUGAAGUGAUUGAUCAGCUAAAACAUUUGCCUUCAGGACUGGACUCUAUAUUACAAAAAACUGUACCAUGGGGAGUAGCAUUUCAUCAUGCAGGUCUUACUUUUGAGGAGAGGGAUAUCAUUGAAGGAGCCUUCCGUCAAGGUCAGAUUCGAGUCUUGGCAGCAACUUCUACUCUUUCAUCUGGGGUGAAUUUACCUGCACGUCGUGUAAUUAUUCGGACUCCUAUUUUCAGUGGUCGAACUCUAGAUAUUCUUACUUAUAAGCAGAUGGUUGGUCGUGCUGGCAGGAAAGGAGUAGACACAGUAGGUGAGAGUAUCUUAAUUUGUAAGAACUCUGAGAAAUCAAAAGGCAUAGCUUUACUUCAGGGAUCUCUAAAACCUGUUCGGAGCUGUCUGCGAAGACGAGAAGGAGAAGAAGUAACUCCGAGCAUGAUAAGAGCUAUUCUGGAGAUAAUAGUUGGUGGAGUGGCAAGUACAUCACAAGAUAUGCAGACUUAUGCUUCUUGCACAUUUUUGGCUGCAAGUAUGAGAGAAGGGAAGCGGGGAAUUCAGAAAAAUCAAGAUCCUGUUCAACUUGGAGCAAUUGAGGCCUGUGUAAUGUGGCUGCUAGAAAAUGAAUUCAUCCAGACUACUGAAGCUAGUGAUGGAACAGAAGGAAAAGUGUAUCAUCCAACACAUCUUGGGUCAGCAACUCUUUCUUCCUCACUUUCUCCAGCUGAUACUUUAGAUAUUUUUGCUGAUCUCCAAAGAGCGAUGAAAGGUUUUGUUUUAGAGAAUGAUCUGCAUAUUGUCUACCUGGUUACACCUAUGUUUGAGGAUUGGACUACUAUUGAUUGGUAUCGAUUUCUCUGUUUAUGGGAGAAGUUGCCAACUUCUAUGAAACGGGUGGCAGAGCUAGUGGGAGUUGAAGAAGGGUUCUUGGCUCGCUGUGUGAAGGGAAAAAUAGUAGCCAGAACUGAGAGACAACACCGGCAAAUGGCCAUCCAUAAAAGGUUUUUUACCAGUCUUGUGUUAUUAGAUUUAAUCAGUGAAGUUCCCUUAAAAGAAAUUAAUCGGAAAUAUGGAUGCAAUCGUGGGCAGGUUCAAUCUUUACAACAGUCAGCUGCUGUUUAUGCAGGGAUGAUUACAGUGUUUUCCAACCGCCUGGGCUGGCACAACAUGGAACUACUGCUUUCCCAAUUUCAGAAGCGCCUUACAUUUGGAAUCCAGAGGGAGUUGUGUGAUCUUAUCCGGGUGUCCUUACUCAAUGCCCAGCGAGCCAGAUUCCUCUAUGCUUCUGGCUUUCUUACUGUGGCAGAUCUUGCCAGGGCAAAUAUUGCUGAGGUGGAGACUGUUCUGAAAAAUGCUGUGCCUUUUAAAAGCGCCCGAAAGGCAGUGGAUGAGGAAGAGGAAGCCGUUGAAGAACGUCGGAAUAUGCGAACUAUUUGGGUGACUGGUAAAAAAGGCUUAACUGAAAGGGAAGCAGCAGCUCUUAUUGUGGAAGAAGCCAAAAUGAUUCUGCAGCAGGACUUAAUUGAAAUGGGAGUGCAAUGGAAUCCACAUUCCCCUUUAAAUUCUGAUACAUACUCAUUGACCAGCAGUGAGUCAGAAGAAAAGGAGCAUAAAUUUAUACUCCAAACUAAGAGGUCUUGUGAAAGAUUAACAGCAAAGAAAAAAAGUAACACAAUACUUGGUGAUUCUUCUGUUAAGAAAUCACCAAAUACAGUGCAAGAUUUAGGUAAAGGUAGAGAGCAUAAAAAUUCCUCUUAUUAUCAGUUUCAGAAUGGGAAGCAAGAACGUCGGGUACAUUCAAUUUCCAGAGGAAGAAAACGGGCUUAUUUGAAUGUAAGUAAAGAGAAGCUAGAAACCUCUUUGAAUGAGGGAGAAACAAGCACUAAAAAAGUCGUUCAGACUGUCUCAUCUGAGAAAACAAAAAAAGAAGCUUUGAAUUUCAGUCUAGAAAAGAUGAACACAACCGUUCAAUCUUGGAAACAUUGUAAGCAUCUCAAACGAUCCAGAGACAGUAGCCCUGUGAAAGACACGGGGAUGCGUAAAAUUGAUUUUCAAAAACAGCCUAAUCUUGUUCAUUGUGAAGAUUCAUUUACCUCAGAUGAGAAGAAUGUGGAAUUUAGGAGUCCAGGGCCGCUUGCUAAACAUGCAUCUUUAUGUGCUGAGGGAAAACAUAACAAAGAAUCGUUCCCAUCACAAACAGAACAAAAUUGUUCAGGGAACAAAACAAUAACUAAUGAUAUUCUUGUAGAACAUUUUAUCACAGGAUCCCAGAGUAAAAAGGAGACUUGUCAAGCCACUACUAUGGUUAGUGAAAAUAGAAGAGGAUUAGCUCCUGUUGAGUCAGAAAAAAUAGACAAAGUGAUAAUACAGACUGAUUCAAAAAACCAAAAUGUUUGUGUUAAACACCAUGAUACCAAUCCAAUUAACCAGUCCCUGGAGAAGCAGUCUGAUAAACAGACAAACAUUUAUACCAAACAGAAAAGAAUACUGGAGAAGCAAAUAGCUUGUGAUACAAUCAGUAAUUAUAUGAAUAGAGAUUCAAAUGCUAUUAUCAAAUGUAAAAGUAUAAAUUUUAAUGCUGAGGAAAAGAAAUCAAAUAAUCUUCAGGUAUCCGGAGAUAAUAUAAGCAGCACUGAGAUGCCCAGUGGAGUACAUCUACCAGCUGGAGCAUUUGGUAAAUCUGGAGGCCAGCAGGAGAAUUUUCUAAAUACCUCUAGAAUACAAGAAGAAACAGAUGCUUAUGCAGCAAAAGAAACUAAAAAUAAUGGUGUUUCUGACUUAGGAUUAGUUCCUUGUGAUUUUGAAGAUAGUUUCUACCUGGAUACUCAGUCAGAGAAAAUUAUACAACAGAUGGCAACUGAAAAUGCCAAACAGGGAGCAAAGGACACCAACCUGGCAAGAGACACAACGCAGAAGAGCCUAAACAAACGGAUUUCAAGCUCUGUUCAGAAUGAGAUUCACAUUGCCUUCUCUGGUGAACAACAUUCUCCAGGAGUGAGAAAUAUAGACCAUUUGGAACCUAAGACUGUAGAUGCUAUAAAACAAAGUGCUGGUUCACAUGGGGUUAAUAUCCUGACCCCAGAAAGCCCACUUUUUCAUUCACCAAUAUUACCGAAGGAAAAUGGCCCUUGUUUGAAAGCAAAUGAACUUUCUGUUACCGACUCCCAGUUAAAUAGUUUCCUUGAAAGUUAUCAAACACAAGAAGCUAUGAAACCAGUUACAUCUCAAAAGAGAACUUCCACUGGUAUAGAAGUAGAAUGUCGGCCAGUUCCCGAAACAAGUUUGAAUUUGAGUGAUAGUUUACUCUUUGACAGUUUCAGUGAAGACUACCUAAUAAAAGAGCAACCCCCUGACGUCAGAGGGAAGGAGCCCCUGCCUUCUGAAGUAAUGUCAGACCAUUUCAGUGACUCUCGGCGUCUGCAACCAGAGGACCCAAUGAAAUCAAAUGUGGAUGAGAAACAAGAUCAUCGGCAGCAGUUGACUUGUUUCAGUGAUGAGUCUAUUAUAUUUUCAGAAAUGGAUUCUGCUCAGAUGGUGGAAGCUUUGGACAAUGUAGAUGUAUUUCCUGUCCAAGAUAAACAUAAUGCUGCAGUAUCUUUGGGGGCAUUAGAAUUAAGUGAUCCAGUUGGUAAUGAUUAUCCCCAAAGAGAAGUAACUGAAGGAGAUAAAGAUGAAAAGUCUCAAAAAUCCAAAUUAACUGAAAUAAGGCAAAAUAAUUCAUUCAUAUGGUCAGGAGCAUCGUUUGAUUUAAGUCCAGGACUGCAAAGGAUUUUAGAUAGAGUAUCCAGUCCUCUAGAAAAUGAAAAGCUAAAACUAACCACUAUAAACUCAUCUAGUUUAAAAGGAAAAAAUACAGAGUUAAAUGACAAACAAGAAGUGGUUUUAAAUUUGGAGCCAAAUCAAGUGCAGGGAAUUUCAUUCUUCCCUAAUAUUGAAGUUAAAAGCAAGAUUGAGAUACUAGAGAACAAUGCUGUUCAUGGUGACACCCCAUCGCUCUUGCCUUGUAAAGAAAUCGGUAUAGUUGACGAUAAUGGACUCAUUCCUCCUACACCCAUUCCAGCAUCUGCUGCUAAGUUGUCAUUUCCAGGUAUUCUUGGAACAUCUUCUGGAAAACUUCAGAAAAAUAAUAGUGUUUUAGAACUUGGUGAAAAUUAUUUACUUGGCUCACCUUCAGAUAUUAACCAUGAUUUAAGUCCAGAGAGUAGAAAUGAUGUAAAAGAUGACAGCCCCAUUAGAGACACAAGUUUUUCACUGCAGUUAUCACAGGAUGGAUUGCAGUUAACUCCAACCUCAGGCAGUGCAGAAAGCUUGGCCAUAAUUGAUGUAGCAAGUGACCAAACUCUCUUUCAAACAUUCAUUAAGGAGUGGCAGUGCAAAAAGCGAUUUUCCAUCUCACUGGCUUGUGAAAAGAUCAGUAAUUUGACAUCUACAAGUGCAACUAUUGGUGGUAGGUUUAAGCAAGUUAGCUCCCCUCAGGAAACUCCUAUUAGAUUUGAUGGAUUUCCUGUGAAAGGUUGUGAUGACAUCUUGGUGACUGGACUGGCAGUAUGCUGGGGUGGAAGAGAUGCCUAUUAUAUUUCAUUGCAGAAGGAACAAAAGCAUUCUGAAAUUAGUGCCAGUUUGGCCCCACCACCUCUGGAUCCAAACCUGACUGUGAAAGACAGAAUGUGCCACCUUAAAUCCUGCUUUCCAAAGGAAUCAGAUAAAGAACGUUCUGUUAUCAUCUAUGACUUCAUCCAGACCUAUAAAAUUCUUCUUUUGUCUUGUGGAAUCUCCCUGGAACAAAGUUAUGAAGAUCCUAAGGUGGCGUGCUGGUUACUAGAUCCGGAUUCUAAGGAGCCGACUCUUCACAGCAUAGUUACCAGUUUUCUUCCUCAUGAGCUUCCACUCCUGGACGGGAUAGAGACUGGCCAAGGAGUUCAAAGCCUGGGACUGAACAUCGGCACUGAGCACUCAGGGCGAUACAGAGCAUGUGUAGAGUCCAUUCUCAUCUUCAACUCUAUGAACCAACUCAAUUCUUUGUUGAAGAAAGAAAACCUUCACGAUGUUUUAUGUAAAGUGGAAAUGCCUUGUCAAUACUGCUUGGCCUUGCUAGAACUGAAUGGAAUCGGCUUUAGUACUGCAGAAUGUGAAAGUCAGAAACACAUAAUGCAAGCCAAGCUGGAUGCAAUUGAGACUCAGGCGUAUCAACUAGCCGGCCACAGUUUUUCCUUCACCAGUACAGAUGACAUCGCUGAGGUUUUAUUUUUGGAAUUAAAGUUGCCACCAAAUGGAGAGAUAAACAACCAAGGCAGCAAGAAAACUUUGGGUGCUACCAGAAGAGGGAAUGACAAUGGACGCAAGCUAAAGCUGGGAAAACGGUUCAGCACUAGUAAGGAUGUUUUAAAUAAAUUGAAGGCAUUACAUCCUUUACCAAACUUGAUAUUAGAGUGGAGAAGAAUCACUAAUGCUAUUACCAAAGUGGUCUUUCCCCUGCAGCGGGAAAGGCGUCUGAAUCCUUUCCUUGGAAUGGAAAGAAUCUAUCCUAUAUCACAGUCACACACUGCUACAGGACGAGUAACAUUUACAGAACCAAAUAUUCAGAGUGUGCCAAGAGAUUUUAAGAUCCAAAUGCCAACACUAGUAGGAGAAAGCCCCCCCUCCCAAGCCCUAGGCAAAGGCCUACUUCCCAUGAGCAGAAGAGGAACUAAGAAGGGCUGUGGUCUGAACUCUGCGCACCAGGCCCAGCUGGAGGAGAGAAGCUCAGACAGAGGAAUGCCGUUUUCGGUCAGCAUGCGGCACGCCUUUGUGCCUUUCCCAGGUGGUGUAAUAUUAGCUGCUGAUUAUUCUCAACUUGAACUGAGGGUCUUGGCUCACUUAUCCCACGAUAAUCGUCUCAUUCAAGUAUUAAACACUGGAGCUGAUGUUUUCAGGAGUAUUGCAGCGGAAUGGAAGAUGACUGAGCCAGAGUCUGUAGGGGAAGAUCUGAGGCAGCAAGCAAAGCAGAUUUGCUAUGGAAUCAUUUAUGGAAUGGGAGCUAAGUCUUUGGGAGAGCAGAUGGGCAUUAAAGAAAAUGAUGCUGCUUGCUACAUUGACUCCUUCAAAUCCAGAUACACCGGGAUUAAUCAUUUCAUGAAAGAGACAGUGAAGAAUUGUAAAAGAGAUGGGUUUGUUCAGACCAUUUUGGGAAGGCGUAGAUAUUUACCAGCAAUCAAAGACAACAACCCUUAUCAUAAAGCUCACGCUGAGCGUCAGGCUAUCAAUACAACAGUCCAAGGGUCGGCGGCUGAUAUUGUGAAAAUAGCCACAGUUAACAUUCAGAAGCAAUUAGAGACUUUCCAGUCAAUCUUCAAAUCCCAUGGUCAUCGGGAGGUUAUGCUCCAAGGUGACAGAACAGGAUUGUUACCAAAGAGAAAACUGCAAGGGAUGUUCCGUCCAAUCAGAGGAGGCUUCUUCAUCCUUCAACUCCAUGAUGAACUCUUAUAUGAAGUGGCAGAAGAGGAUGUGGUUCAGGUUGCUCAGAUUGUCAAGAAUGAAAUGGAAAAUGCCUUAAAACUUUCUGUGAAACUGAAAGUGAAAGUGAAAAUAGGUGCCAGCUGGGGAGAGCUGAAGGACUUCGAUGUGUGAACACACAGCUGGUUAAGGCCUCCUGAGAGGGAAGCCUGCGCAGGUGCCAUUACCUGGAAGGAACGGAGAUUACCCUUUACCCUUUCACCUACUUCAUGAAAACAGAAACCCUCAAGUCCCGAUGGACUCGGGAUAGUAAUUUUAUA